AUGAACACGGUGCCAUGGUACAAGAAAGCCAGGGCUCCUCCAACACAUUUGGGAAAUGAACAGAGGGCGAACAGUACAGAAAACAUUGAGAAUACAGCCUGGAGCUGUGAUGCCAGAAAGGGCCAUGAAGAAAUGAACACCAGAGACAUUGUGCAAGUGGCCGGCACCACGAAGAUCUGGACUUCAGAGCGCAUCUUUGACCACCCACUGGAAACUGUUACAACAGCUGUAAUGCAGAAAUACCCAAACUCUAUGGACCCAAGUGUGGUUGGAGGUGAUGUACUGGACAGUCACACAGAUCGCUCUGGAAGGCUGCACAGCCCAAGACUUCUCAGCACAGAGUGGGGACUGCCUUCCAUUGUGAAAUCUCAUAUUGCAGCAAGAACUAAAACAUUUGUGCAAGAACAUUUUGUAGUUGAUCCUGCAGAGAAAACGAUGGAACUUAAAUCUACUAAUAUUUCACUUACAAAUAUGGCUUCAAUGUUCGUAUACAAACCACACCCUCUGGACCUAGAAAAAUCCGUUUUGACUCAAGAAGCCAUAAUCCCUGGGAAAGGAGUCAGUCUCAGCAGUUACCCUGAAGGACCAACGGCAAGUAUGGUAUCUUCAAAUGCCAACAAAGGUCGAGAAACAACAGAAUGGGUAACACAUCAAUUAAAUGCUGAGAUUGAAGACCUGGCAGCUUCGGUGAGAGGGAGCACAAAGACAUCGACAGCAGCAGCAGGGUUUGUAAGAGAAAUGAGGAUGAAAGCUGGUAUAUGA